AUGAACAACCGCAAUCCGUAUUAUCAGAAAUCAGUAGACAGCGGUUCUAAUAAUGCGGUUGCGGAACUCAACAAGCUAUUUGAUAGCUAUCGCGAUGAUCCUGUAGGAAAUCCAGAUGUCAUUGGGAUUGAAGGUGCUGUUAAGUACUUGGGGGACAUUCAAGUACAAUUAGACGAGGUUGUUUGUCUCGCCAUCGCAGAACACCUACGGUCUCCAUCCAUGGGCGAAUUCACACGAGAACAUUUUGUUGACGGUUGGAAAAACAUUAACUGCGACACGAUUUCGAAACAAACCUCCUACGCAGCCAUGCUUCGCGCCCGUAUCCCAAACGAACCCGACCUUUUCCGCCGCGUAUAUCGCUACACCUUCAUCAUCUGCCGUCUAGCGGGUCAGCGCAACCUCACUCUCGAUAUAGCCACGGAGCAGUGGCGACUCUUUUUUACAACUAUCAAUGGUGGUAUCAACUGGAACACGCGCAGCACGCCCUGGCUCGACUGGUGGAUUGAGUUCGUUGAGGAAAGCUGGAAGAGACCUGUCAAUAAAGACUUAUGGGAACAGGUCGAGGUGUUUAUGAGGAAGACAAAGGAGGAUGAAACGUUCGACUGGUGGAGCGAGGAUGGCGCGUGGCCGGGUGCUAUUGAUGAGUUUGUUGGGUAUGUACGGGCAAAAAGAGGUGGUAAAGGGGUCGCGGUGGAAGCGAUGGAGGUUGAGUGA